CUUUACUCGGUGUGUCUUACCAACACUGUACCAGCGCAAUCUACACCGACGGCAUAGUUUGCGUGUUGAUUCCGUCAGCACAAAGUUGGGCUCUUCCUCACACCAGAGUGAAACACAACGGUGAGCAAUGGUGCAGGCCACAACACUGCUACUCCCCGUGCUGUUCGCAGGCGUGCUGAGUGCCAUGCCUCACGACACUUACAUCGAGAGGAUGACCACGGCGGGUAGAGUUCGCGGGAAAUUGGUGUCUUCUCUGGGCAAGGCAGUUGAGGAGUACCGUGGCAUUCCGUUCGCCGAACCACCAAUUGGCAACCUCCGGUUCCGCCCUCCAAAGCCCAAGGCUGCCUGGCAAGGCACUCUAAACGUCACUGCAAGGUCUACUGCUUGUCAUCAGGUAACUGUGCCUGGGAUCACGCUAGACGGCGCUACUGUCACAGAGGACUGCCUGCACCUCAACGUUUGGGUCCCCCAAAGCACCGAAAACACUACCUCUGGCCGACCAGUCCUAGUCUGGAUCCACGGAGGAGGUCUCACAUUUGGAACAGCUAACCAAGCUAUUUACAAUGGAUCCGUGGUCGCAGCGCUUACUGAUAUGCUUGUAGUCUCAAUGAACUAUCGACUUGGCAUUUUGGGCUUCAUGAACGCAAACUCUCCUGAAGCACCGGGUAACGUUGGUUACAUGGAUCAGAACUUGGCUCUGAAAUGGGUGCAUCGAAAUAUCAGAUGCUUCGGAGGAGAUCGAAAGCGAGUUACUUUGUUUGGUGAGAGCGCAGGCUCAACCAGCACGCAUGCGCAUAUCUUGUCGCCGAUGAGCCAGGGCCUUUUCAAGAGAGCCGUGCUGUUGAGUGGUAGUAUGUACAGUAUCGACACGUGGGACACUGUCAAAGAAAGUAUGGCAAAGGGCGACAAAGUUGCGAAUGUUGUUGGCUGCUCCAAAGGAGGAACGAUCAAUAUGUCAUCCAAUCCGGAAGAUAUUGUCAAUUGUAUGCGAAGCAUGCCAGCAGAGUUACUCUUCAACGUUUCUGUGGAGGUCGUGGCCCCAAAAUUUGCCCCCUUCAGCCCCACGUACCAUAACGAGUUCUUUCCCCGGAAUCCUCUGGUGGCCGUGAGACGUGGUUUCUUCUCGUCAGUGGACGUAGUAGCUGGCGUCACCUCAGACGAAGCGGCUGGGCUCCUCUUUCUUCCGCCGAAACCAGAACUCUUGGCUGAAGAUCUCAACGCCUCAUCAACAAAAUGGCUCACUGAUUCGCUUCGGGCUGCACUAUGGCGGUUCGUGAAAGGAGACAUGCCGGUCGUGCUAAAGAAAUACACGGAUGAUGUGCCUGAAGGCGACAAAAACGCUCUGCGGAGACAAUACAUUGACUACGUAUCUGACCGGCUGUUCAACUGCCCACUGCAAUUCUUUGCAGAGAAACACAGCAAAAGGAGCAACAAGGUGUUUGCCUACGUGUUCGCCCAUAGGCCGUCGAAGUAUCCACUCCCGCGAUGGAUGGGGACCCCGCAUGCCCAUGAUUUGCCGUUCGUAUUCGGUCAACCCUACGCAGAAGACCCCGAUUCUGUGGAUGGCCGCUUGAGCAAGGCCUUUAUUAGGAUGCUGGCAAGCUUCAGUGAAAAUGGGACUCCGGAGCUUCCCAAUAACCAGACCUGGCCACAAUACACAGAGAGCAUGCCAAACAUCAUAGUGAUGAAUAAUUAUCAAUUUAACGAGGCCCAAGGAUUCCGAGCAAGCUACUGUGAACGUUGGAGGUCUUUGUACUAAAUGUGUCACUGUCGUCUGACAUCAUUACU